UAAGGGCUAAAGAAAGAUUGUUGUGUUGUUUUCAAUUGGCUUGACAAAUGGCAAGAUUGGAGUGUUUUGUAAAUAUUUUUGGGAGUCAGAAAAUGCUAAAGUAACGCCAAAUUGAGGCUCUACCAAACUCAGCAGCCAGCCACAACAUUCUAAAUGGAUUUGAGGAGUGCAUCUCGGACCAAGGUUUGAUAAUUAGAGGGUUGGCUACACAAGUGGAAAUACUGAAUCACAAAGCUGUAGGUGGGUUUGUUAGUCACAAAGAUGGAACUCAUUGCAAAAGAGCAUUACGGCUGGCUUUAUAGCUUUAUAGCUUUAGCUCGGGCAUUGGAGACUGAUCAGUUUGCCAGCGCAAGGCUUUUCGUAGAUGAAUCAUAUCAUCCCAAGAGCGUAGAAUCCAAAAUGUUUCUAAAAAACCUGUAGUUGAAUUUCCUUCAUCAACCUCUACUCAUAUAGUAAUAUACAACAAAAAAAAAAAACAUGGCCGACACUGUUACCGCUGCUUCUGCCACCCAUAUUUUAGUCUUUCCAUACCCAGCCCAAGGCCACAUGCCUGCCCUGCUAGACCUGACCCACCAAUUAGCUCUCAGAGGAAUCAAAAUUACAGUCUUGAUCACCCCAAAAAACCUCCCUGCCUUAACCCCACUACUCUCAACCCACCCAACUUCCAUUGACCCCUUAGUCUUACCCUUUCCUCCUCAUCCUAAACUUCCUCUAGGGGUAGAAAAUAUAAAAGACAUUGGAAAUUCUGGUAAUGCGCCUGUCACAGCUGCACUUUGCAAGCUAAAAGGAAAGGUCAUUCAAUGGUUCUGGUCCCACCCUUCGCCCCCUCAGGCUAUUAUCUCUGAUUUCUUCCUCGGGUGCACCCAACAUUGGGCAACACAACUAAACAUACCUAGAAUUGCAUUCUUUACAUCUUCUGCAUUUUUAACCUGUAUACUAACCCAUCCAUGGCAGGACUUGGGCAAACAAAAUAUUUCAAACAAUUUUGAAUUUUCAGAUCUACCAUCGUCGCCAUCUUUUACUCUAGACCAAUUACCAUCUAUAUUUAGGAAGUUCAGGGAGGAUGAUCCUGAUUGGGAGAUUGUUAAGGAAGGCCUGCAUGAAAAUUCCAAGAGCUGGGGAAAUGUUUUCAAUUCUUUCUACGCCUUAGAAGGGGAGUAUUUGGAUCACAUAAAGAAGGAACUGGGUCAUGGCCAUGUAUACAGCGUUGGCCCGUUAAGCUUAAUAGGCUUAUCCAAGAGGGUUAAUCCGGGUUUAGCUACCACAUAUGAUGUGCUCAACUGGCUUGAUACAUGCCCUGGUGAUAGUGUGCUGUAUGUCUGUUUUGGAAGUCAAAAGCUGCUGACAGAACCUCAAAUCAGAGCACUGGCUUUAGGUUUAGAGCAAAGCAAGACCCGGUUCAUAUGGGUGGUCAAGUCUGUCUCAAGUCAACAGGUCCCAGAUGGGUUUGAGGAGAGGGUGUCUGGUCGGGGUAUGGUGCUAAGAGGUUGGGCACCACAAGUUGAGAUACUGAACCAUAAAGCAGUAGGUGGGUUCAUGAGUCACUGUGGGUGGAACUCAGUACUAGAGAGUGUAAUGGCAGGAGUGAUGAUCUUAGCUUGGCCAAUGGAAGCAGACCAGUUCCAAAAUGCCAAGCAGUUAGUAGACUAUGCAGGGUUGGCAAUUCAGCUAUGUGAAGGCAAACACACGGUGCCUAACUCGGAUUCAAUAGCUCAAAUCAUAUAUGAGUCAAUUGGUCAACAGAUACCACAGAAGGUAAGGGCUAAGGCAAUGAAAGAGAAGGCAUUAGAGGCGGUGAAAAUAGGCGGAAGUUCAGCAGUUGGCCUUGAUGAGCUGGUGAGAGAAUUGAACCAGCUUGGAGUACCAAAACCUUAAAAAAAGAGGCUGCUAUGGUAAGAACAAUAAAACUGUCACCAGUUAUAAGCCUCUUAAAACUUAAGUAUAAGCAGUCAUAAGCCUUUACAAUUUAUUAUAAGAAGGAUCAAGAGAUUUUUAAGAAGAAAAAAAAAAGCCUUUGCGGCUGUUGCAGAGUAGAUGUAAGCACAAAGGAUUAUCUUUGUACACAUGUAAAUCAUUCACGUGUGUGAUGCUGAGGCUUUCAGGCAUGCUAAAAAUUAUUGUUUUAUUAACGACAUGCAGAUAGCUGACGAUUGACAACCCUAUUGACCUUGUAUAAAAGCAGCUAAGGUGGACACUGUUUUAACGAAGAGUAACUUCAAGUAUUUGUCUCACAAUUUACUCUUCAGAUGAGAGUUUCAUUUUUGUUUAGACCAGUAUGUACAUCCUAUUUUCCUCAAAUCUUGAAAUUAUAUAAAACGUGUACAUCCUAUAUUCCUGUGCACAUAAUGACAGCCAAUAAGCUCGACUUUAAUUGAAUAUUUUUAUCUACGGAAACUUAAUCUGACGCUAUUAGAAGCCUCGACACAAAUCAGAACUUGACACAAUUAGAAAUAAAGAUCGUAUAACAGUA